AUGUUUGUUCCCAGGGCAGCGUCGCGCAACCCCAAAAGGCGCCCGAGAACCAGCUCCGAGGACUCGGUCAAGCCACCGAAAGCCAAACGCCAACGAUCGAUUUUGCGACAAGUAGGCGACUCGAAUGUCACGAGCCUGAACCGGGACGAUAAAGAAGAAUCCGUGGCUCCUAUUCUUGUCAACGAGCAUGACGCGACUGCGGAUGCCCUUGGUGUCGAUUGCCAUUUACCGAUCCGCAAUACGAAACCGAGCGAGAUAUCUAGAAAUGAACCCGAGGGGACAGUCGUUUUGUCAAGCACACACUACUACACUGUAGACCAAUUUCCGUCACUGCCAGAUCAGUUACGAGGCUUACAAUCAGACCCGCUCAGGUGCUUCUUUGGCCCUGGUCAUGAAUACGCAUUGGCUCUGACCAGCUCGCAUGCAAUUGUAUGGCCUUACUCUGUUUCUACCUCAGCACCGACACUUGCAGAAAUAUUCACGGUAUCGAUUCCCGAGUCUUACAGAGAUCCCAAGGGCGCCGUCCCGCUGGGUGUGCUGUUGUCCACAGCCACAGGCGAGCACCCCGGUCUAUUAGUGAUCGUCCCCUCUACAGGAAAAAUUAUCUACUGGGAAACAGUGUCAAGCGCUGCAUCAUUGGGCCUGUCAAGGCAAAAACAGAAUGGGAUACAAGGAUUCACACCGGGUCUAUUCUCUGGUGAAUAUGCUACGGAAAUCAUGAACUGCGAGCCUUCGGGAAUCAUCGCAACAUUCUCCUCUGGGCGAGUGGCGCACAUCAGUCUCCGAGACUCUCAAGGGAAGCCUUCUGUUCUUGUGAAUUUUCUUCGAAGCACGGUGGGCUCCGGAGGAGGUGGAAUUCUGGGGGGACUCAAGAGUGUGCUUGGAGGCGGUUCCUGGAGGAAAGAGGUCACCGCUGUUCGUGCAGGUGGGUCUCGUCAACGAGGCCAACGGGAUGUUAUUAUCGCGACAUUGACGGGCUUGGUUGAGAUAUGGGAUACUCAUUGGCACCAUGGAAAUGCCCUUAAAAAGAAAUUCGACGUGAAAGACGCGAUUUCGGCGGCCAUUUCCCAUGGUACCGUGGACUUUCCCAGGGAGAUGGAUCUUAAGAUCAUGGAUUUCGCCUUCUCCGUUCAACAAUCCAAUGAGGAGUCUGGAUCCCAAGACACUGAAGAGUCUUGGCGGCUAUUUCUUGUCGUCGGUUCCCCGCAACUUUUCGAAUCUAAGACUUUGUUCGUUGUACAACUAUUCUUGUCCGGAGGCGAGACACGUGUCACGUCAACUCAUGCGGUCGACAUUCGCAGCAUAUCCACCACGCAAGAUGAGCCGAAGCCUAAGAUCUUGGUCUCGAAAUCAGAGGAUACUGCUUUCAUUCUGAUCGAGCAUUCAAUCAUUAUCCUUUCUCUUUCUAGCAUUGAAGAGACCCCCAGCUUGCAACUACUCCUGGAUUCACAAAAAAUCCCUAUGUCUUUCCAGGACAUCAUCCACCUUCGAUCUGGCAAAGAAAACGAAAUCCUGGGAUAUGGUUCGGAAGAUCGAUCGGAAAAUGAGAAUGCCACCUGUGUGAUGAUGAUUCGAAAUUUUGGUGUUGUUCGAGUCAAUGUGAUCCCCCAACAUCUAUCAGGAAAAGACCUGGAAGAGCAGCAACUUACGGCCAAAGACAAAUUAGAGCAGGCCAUCUUCUUCGGUACCAUGGCAAGAAAUCCGCUGAAUCUUAUUGAUGACAGUGGUCUGGACUUCCCUGCAUCCGAUAUCGAGCAAGCCUCGCUGGAAAUUUGCAGGAGCUUCUCCGCAAUGAACGACCUUGCAUCACUGCUAUCGCGAAAAAGCAAUCCGUUGAGUCGCUCGGCCAGAUGGGAACUGCUCUGGGCGGCGGAGAAAUUGUCCGCGCAAAAGGCCAUGUGGAAUCUGGAGGAGCUACACAGGGCUAGCAACGAGAACCCUUUACUUGGUCAUGUCAUCGAGUCUAUGAACGACAAAUUCAAAACUCGCCCUGAAUUAGUGCAGAGCGAGAUUGACCCUGUACGACAAUGGUUUUUGAGAGAUACCUAUCAAAUGGAACACAUCAUUCCAUGGAUCAAGAGUACUCUCAAGCACCGCAGAGGAAACUCAUCUAAACAGGCGCGGAAGCUGUCGGAGCAGAUACUGGAGGCCAGUGAAAUUUUUCUUGCAAUAAUGGAAACGGCGUUCCGUUAUCGCGAUGAGCACGCCGCCCUGUACGGAUUAAGUGAUGAUUUUGUCGAGGACGGUGUCCUCGCCGACGGUUACGAGGGUCUUCCUGAGUUCUGGACUUCCCGGGAGAUGGGGUACACCGAGGCGGGGCAUUUGCUUGAUCUGGAGCUCGACAGUUGUCGAGCUUGGAGCCAACAAAAGACGUCGACCGCAGAUGCCCCAGAGGAUCGGGUUUUGAAGAAGAUUGCAGACAACAGCGCACGGCAUCUUCGAGUCCUCGGCCAGAUGCACCGCGAGCGUGCACGCUGGCUUGGUGCGCAAGAUGAUCAAAAGCUAGCGGACGCAAGCGAAUUGGACAUCUUCAAGAUGCCCUUAGCCUGGCCGAGCGGUUCCGAGAUAUGGGGGGCCCUGGUCGAGCUCAUAAUUGAACUUCAAGACGAAGUGAAGACCCAGCCAGCUCAAGAGACCCUUCGGGCGGGUGCAAGUGCCUUAGCAGACAACGAGGCGGACGUGGUUCACCGGAUUUCUCAAUACUUUGACAAGUUUGGUGAGCCCUGGGCAGACGCGUACUUCGCACGGCAGAUUUCCAUGGGCCACCCGGGCGCAUUACUUUCCAUGCGAAAAUAUCAAUCUUCAGUGACUCGAUUCCUCCGAAAAUCACCUGCAUAUUCCAAGCUUAGCUGGAUCAAUGAUGUGGCGGGCGAAGAUGACUACAACAGCGCUGCGUCAUGCUUAGAAAAACUCGCCCUCGGCAGUGAGAAGGAGCUGUGGAACCACCGUGUUGAGAUUUCAUUGGCAAAACUGAGCAAGCUAGCCUCAUACGAGAAAUCCUCUGGUGACUCAAAUCUCGCCUUGCAGGAGGACAUCAAACACCUCGAUGAUUACAGCGAGAUCGAUGAAAUCCAAGACACCCUCUAUUCCUAUAUCAAACCCGUUCUCGAGGGCGCAAUUGAUCGCAAGGCCGAGGCAGAGCUUGCUUUGGAUUACUUUGGAGGGCACCUCGUCAAUGAUCGUCCGUCUCUCCAUGAAGUCCUAGGCGAAGCUCUUUCUACCUUGGUCAAUAGAAAGAUCAUCGGCGCGGAUGGGUCAAUUGACUUGCUGACGUUGAUGGGUCCUCUUCAACCAUCUGACGACUGGGACAGUGAGUUCCGAGGGCAGGAGUUUUUCCAAGCGUUGCGAGUACUUGAUCAUAGUCGUUUUGCUCAGCAAGAUCCUUCAUACAUUACGGCACUGCGAAAACUGAUCUGGCGACGAUGCUUGAUCAAAGACAAUUGGGCAGCUCGCGGGAAAGCAGCGGAGGAAUCAAAUGGGCACUCAGUCUUUGCGGCUCGUGACACAGCCCUUGGACUUACACUUACCUCCUGCCUAGCCGAGCAAUCCACGACCAAUAUCCAGUCAAUCUACAUACCUCUCUCCCCAGCCGAGGCUAUCAUGGCUGAUUAUGAGACCGAUAUCCUUCUUGCACGCUUUCGCCCCGAACAAAAGGCUCGACUAUCUGCCGACCUAGAGCGAGAAAAUGAACUUCUGCACGAAUACAUCGAGAUUGGGAAACUCGACUUCUGGUUCCAAAAUCUCUUAUCUUCCAUAGGAUCUCAAACAUCCGGGUCGGUUCCUGAGUCCGGAGAUGCCCUGGCUGACAGCCUGGCCUUGGUAAAGCCAAGGCGUGACUGGCGUGAAUUUGAUGAGAGUUAG